ACGGCUUCAUUGCGCUCCGGUUCUUAUCAGUGGGAUUCGGGACUUGACUUAAUAAGCAUCGUCUCUUUAUUUCGUAUUGGCAAACAACAAUCGGUGGGUAAAGUGCAAGAAACCUAUACGCUCAGAGUAUCGACAUGAGAACUUGUGGAAUUGUCAAGUUUUUUACCGCGGUUCUGUUGAUUAUUGUCCCAAUAGUCAGCGGCGAUCACGGCUUCCAAGAUUACCAGUUGAAAAUCGGAUAUGGCAUCAAAGAAUUCCGUGCACUCAAAUGGCUGAACAAAAUUAUAGGAUUAGAUAGGGGGGACACGGACCCACCAGCACCUCAGUUCCCACCAAUCAAGAUUCACGGGAAUCCGUUCGUGGUUCCCCCAUCGCCUAUCAUCGCUCCAAUUGAAAAUCCAUCGCCAUCUCAUAAUCCGCCUGAACACAAAAACAUCCAGACGGAACAAAUAAUUGCCGAGGCUCCGCAAGUAGCAAACCAGAAUUAUUCUUCCGCACUGCAGCAGUCACCAACUUCGUCAAAAUCUUCACUGGUCGACUCGACGGGAACGUCAUCGCCUUCCUUUUCAGGCUCAAGGCACAGCUACAAAGAUUACCUUCACAUGAAAUGGUUUCACGGUUCACCAAAAGCCACCUACUUUAACGAGAAUCCAGUUCCAUCAACAGAACGACAACCAGACAGCAAAUCAGAACAAGUCAAUCAACAUGAAGAAGCAGACGACUUGGAGGAUAAUUUUUCUACAAAAGAGCAGCAGCCUGCGUUAUUUUCUUUAUCGGCUGAUUCGAUCCUUUCGAGAAUGUUCAACACAAUUAAGCGGACUCUGGCCGUUCCAAGAAUACAGAAAGAAGAUAUCGGACCACUCAAGUUCUACGACGAACCUCCCAAGCCGCAAUUCUUUUCUGUUGUACCAGUCAUCUAUCCUUCGCCUUACAAUCCACCACAAUCGGCUCCUCCCACGCAACCGGAUCAAGUAUUGGACUUCUUUCAACCGCCCAACUCUCAUCUAGAAAACAAUUCUUCGGUAUCAGCCUACAAUCCAGCAUUGAACAGUCAGCCAAAACAAGAAUUGGAUGCAUCACUAACGGUAGCAGCAACGACUUUUAAACCAUCGAUUCUGGGUUAUGGUCUGUCAGAAACGCUCGAAGAAACAUCUACCAGAGCACCGGAACUGGCCUAUGACCUGUCGAUUCCUGCUGAUAAUCAACCAGCUGAACCCUCUUCCAACGUGCCGGAUAACAGCCAGCCACAAACGACAAUUAGCUCUGUAGAACGGACUAACGUUCCAUUACAAACGGCUUACACCAACCCAGUAAAACGAUCAUCGAUUGACACUCCAGUACAAUCAUCAGAAGAACCAGACUAUAACGCUUUUUUACUUGCUUAUAAACCCCAAGUUCCAACCUACGCAUAGACUUGUCCAGAAAACACUCUCGCAAUAAUUAUUUAGUUGUAAACUUGCUAUUAUUUCUCUAUUGGCCAAGUAAGUCUAUGUUCCUAUUUCGUAAUUUUUUGCGAUCGAUAUUAUAGUAGAAAAAAUUAAAAAUCGAUUCAAAAUAUUUUUAGAGAUACUUACUUAGUGGUUUUCUUCUUAUUUGUACCUUAAAGUGUUAUUUAACAUCAUUAUUUAAUCAUAUUGAUCCGAGGUCCAUCAGCGAGUUGGUUUUUGCAAUGAAAGAACUUUUGCGUCAUGGAUUGAUGAUGUUGUUUUUCACUUCUCUAUUUGUAACGGUUAUAGUUUCAAUUCCAAUUUUAUUUCCACGCAUUAAUUUAUAGUCGAACACUAAAAUCUGUUGUCUUCUGAACAUUUAAUUUAACCUGAUGUAAAAAUAUUAUCGCUUUUUCUGUUAACGGUUUGCGAACGAAAAAUACAAGUAUAAAAAAAAUCA